CCGCGCGCCCCGCCGCCCUCCCGCGCCACCGGCGCCGUACACUUCGCUCUCUCGAUGGCAGGCAUUCCACGCAGCGUCCUGGACCCACUCGUCGGUCACAGGGAUGUGGGCCCGGCUGGUGCUACAACGACAAACCACGGGAGCUUUUCGCUCGAGAAGCCGCGAGCCUUCGUCGCCGUCGACGUCCCGUUUCCCUUUUCCCAAUCCGCUCCGCGUCUCCCUCCACCACCGCUUCCCUCGCCGCCUCCGCUCCCUAGGAACAAGCGCGAGCCCCCACCGCAGCCGCCUCCGCUGAUGCUUCUCCGCCCCGUCUCCUCCCUGCCUCCUCCACCCCACCUCCCCCGCCGGAGCGCCGCCCCCUCCGCCCCCGCCCAAUUCUUCCUCGUCCUCCGGCGCCGGCAGCGUCGGAGGCGCCACCACCGCCGCCCGUACCACCCCGUCGUCCGCGCCUCCCUCCCCGAAAUCCUCGCCAGCCUCCCCUCCUCCCUCGCGCUCGUCGGCCCCGCCGCGGUCGCCGCCGCGGCCGCGGUCGCCUCCUCCUUCUCCUCCUGGCCGUCCUCCUCAUCCCGGAGCAGCCUCCCGCAGCUGUCCCCCGACCCGGAGGACUACAACGCGUCCGGGGAUGUCGCGGGCGAGUGGAUCCUCUUCACUAGCCCGACGCCGUUCAACCGGUGCGUGCUGUUGCGGUGCCCGUCCGUGUCCUUCGAGGACGGGGGCGUGCUGCUCGACGGCGUCAACGAGCGGCUGCUCACCGAGGAGCGGCACUACGUGAACCUGAGCCGAGGCCGCAUCCCCGCUGCGCGCGGCGGGGUGGGCGCCUGCGAUAUUUCCUACCAGAGGAUUUGCAUCGCCUUGGAGGACGGCGGGGUGAUCGCGCUCGAUUGGCCUGACAAUUUGGACUUGGAUAAGGAGCAUGGGCUGGAUACGACGGUACUUGUCGUGCCUGGCACGCCUGAGGGGAGCAUGGGGAGGAGCAUCAAGAUGUUCGUGCUGGAUGCGCUGAAGAAUGGGUACUUCCCCAUUGUGAUGAAUCCCAGAGGGUGUGGCGGUUCACCGCUCACUACGCCAAGGUUAUUUACAGCGGCUGACAGUGAUGAUGUCAGCACAGCAGUUCGCUUCAUAAACAGUAAGAGACCUUGGACAACACUAAUGGGUGUUGGAUGGGGAUAUGGUGCAAAUAUGUUGACAAAGUACCUCGUCGAAGUUGGAGAGUCUACUCCUCUUACUGCUGCUGUUUGUAUUGACAACCCUUUUGACCUACAAGAAGCAACAAGAUCGUUUCCUCAUCAUAUAGCUCUGGAUCAAAAGCUCAUGGUUGGUUUGGUCGAUAUUCUGAGUGCUAAUAAGGAACUCUUUCAAGGUAAAGCAAAAGACUUCAAUGUUCAAAAGGCUUUAUCUGCAAGUUGUUUGCGUGAAUUCGAUGGAGCAAUAUCCAUGGUUUCACAUGGCUUUGAUACUCUUGAUGACUUCUAUUCUGAAAAUAGCACAAGGCUAUCAGUUGCCCUUGUGAAAAUACCUCUACUAUUUAUACAGAGUGAUGAUGGGACCGUGCCACUUCUUUCAGUACCCCGCAGUUCAAUAUCAGAAAAUCCUUUUACAAGCCUUCUCCUUUGUUCUUGUGUACAUUCAACUAUCUUCACCUUUCAGAGAUACACUGUGCUAUGGUGCCAGAAUCUUGCCUUAGAGUGGUUGUCAGCAGUGGAGUUUGCUCUUCUGAAGGGUCGCCAUCCACUUAUCAAAGAUGUGGACAUCACUAUUAAUCCAUCCAAAGGCCUAGCAUUUAUUGAACCUCAAAUGAAUGAUAGGAAAUCUCCAAAAGACAAUAAUUUUCGUCAGCAUUCUGAGCUUAUUAUGUAUAAUAAUGUUCCACAUGGAAUAAAUGGGCUGCUUGUUGAUUCUGCAAAAGAAUAUUCUGGUGCUCAAAAGAAAGAAAAUGGGCAGUUGAAAAAUAAUGGUGACGGAGACAGGGUAAACAGAGAUCCAGAUGAAGAAGGGUCAGAAGAGUGUUCUGAAGAUGUUGAAAAAGGUCAAGUACUACAAUCAGCAAGUCUCGUGAUGAAUAUGCUAGAUGCUACAAUGCCUGGUACUCUCGACGAUGAUCAGAAGAAGAAGGUUCUGGUAGCAGUGGAGCAAGGUGAAUCUCUUGUGAAAGCUCUAGAAGAAGCUGUACCUGAAGAUGUGCGCGGAAAACUUACAACUUCUGUGACUGAAAUUUUACAAUCCAAACGGGAAACUUUCAGCUUAGGUGCAUUGAAGCGACUUGGUUGGAACAAUGUAAGAUCAACCACCACCAAGACAGUGGCCCAGGAAAAGCUCAAAGAUUCAGAUCAGGAAAAUGGGCUCAAGGAUGCCAAAAUGGUUGAUCAGAACAGGAGUUCUGCGAUCAUUGGUGAAGGGGGUCAGAAAGAUACUAAUAUGACAAAUGACAAUAAUCCUGGAGAAAGCAUCGAAUUAUCGCAAGGAAAGCCUUCCCAAACUCCUGGACCUUUUGGAAUUGCAACAGAAAUGGGAAAUGAACAAACUCAAUCCAAUAAUUUUGAGAAAACAAACUCUGUAAUAAAUGAUAGCAGCGAAGAGCAGCAUAGAACAGAACAGGGCAACGAAACAACUCCAAAGCAGGUUUCCGAUGAUCAAUCAGUGACCAACUCAAAUGGGGCUCCUAGGGAAAGAGGGCAAUCAGCAGAUGCGGCAACAGACCAGAAUCCACAAUUACAUGCAGUAGAAAAGGAAGGUGAGACAGUUCGCACAAGUGAAGAUAAGGCUGCUCAUAAUGUGAAUGAUCAAAGCAUGCAAGUAUCUAAAACAGAAGAAUCUAAACCUUCCCCGAUUACUGUGACCCAGGCAUUAGAUGCAUUAACUGGAUUUGAUGACUCAACUCAAAUGGCUGUCAACAGUGUAUUUGGAGUUCUUGAAAAUAUGAUCGAUCAGUUUCAGAAACAACACGACUCUGAGAAUGGGGAAAAUUCUGAUGGAAAUUCUGAUGGACCUUCUGUGGAUGAGACAGAAUCACAUGUGUGGGAGAAUAUGGACAAUGCCUCUAGUGGAAAAGAUAUAAACCAAUCAUCUCAACAACCCGAAAGUAGCAGCUCUGGAAUAAGUCAUUCUAUCAUGUCCAAGGAUGAUUGCGCUUUUGGUGAGGGAAAUCCCAAUUUAAGCAUUGUUUCAUCUGCUAAAGGAAAAAUGAGAUAUUAUCGAGGAAAUGGAGCUGAUGAUCAUGUGGAUGCUGAUGGUAUGAAGCAGGUCGGUGGCUUACCAAACUAUUUAUUGGAUAUAGCUGUCAACUCUUACUUGAAGGCACAAUAUGCAAUGUACCUUCAUGAAUUUCUUUCUACACAAUUGCAACUGAAAUCACCAGAGUCGAAUCUGGCAACUGAUCUUUUCCUUGACCCACAAGAGGGUAAAUGGAAAAUAGCAGACCAAAUGGACAGUGUGCAAAAUGACAUUUCUAAAUCUGACAAACAUAGUGGCAGCAUGGAAGAGAUCAAAUAUGCUGGAUCCUCACAAGAACCAUCUAGAACAGACAAUGUUAUUGAGCCACCCUACUUUAUACCGGGAAAAUUUCCAGACUCUGCAUUCAAGUCAAACGAAUGGAGUAAUACAGUAGCAACCAGGUCCAAACCUGCUAAUGCUUUGAGAGAGACACUUACAUGCUUCAUUAGAGAUGAACUAUCAAGUGCCCUCAAAAUUGAAGUUGGUCGCAAACUAGGGAUAACAAAUACUAAUCAACUUGAAAGAAGUCUUGCAAAUGACGUAGAACGGGUUGCUGAUCAAGUUUCCGAAACUAUUGUGCUUGACUGUGAGUUAUAUCCACCAGCAUGUGUGCAAAGGAAUCCAACAACUGUUAAAUUUGGUGCAACACAUGGAAAAAAUGUUGUUGAAGCUGUAUCAACUGCAGUUCAGCAAUCUCGGCAUCUGAGAAACAUUCUUCCGGUCGGUGUCAUAGUUGGUGUAACUUUGGCAUCUUUGAGAAAUUACUUCCAUGUUGGUGGCUCUAAGCAUGAUGACCAUCUGAAAGCCACUGUGAAGUCAGAUAUUUUGAGUGAGAAUCUUAUUGUUGAGGAUAGCAGCAAAACAAAUAUUCAGGAUGGUGGGAACACAAAUACAGAUAAUCAUAUUGAAAAAAUUGGUGGGGACAACCAGCAGGAGAUGACAAGGUCAGAGGGUCAAGGCAUGAUGGUCGGGGCUGUAACGGCUGCCCUAGGUGCUUCCGCUUUGGUAGUACAUCAUCAACAAAAUAAGGGUGAAAAGCAUGAUGGCAUGGAUUGCAUUAACGCUUCCUCACAUCAGAAAGGUUUUCUUCAGGAAGAAAAUGCCAAGCUUGAGGAAACUGCACAAGAAAAGAGUCAGAACAACUUGAUGAGCAGUUUUGCUGAGAAAGCCCUAUCUGUUGCAGCUCCGGUAGUUCCCACUAAGGGUGAUGGUGAGGUUGAUCAUGAAAGGCUUGUUGCAGUUCUAGCUGAACUCGGACAAAAAGGUGGAGUGUUGAGGUUUGUUGGAAAAAUUGCUUUACUCUGGGGUGGAAUUCGUGGUGCUAUGAGCCUAACUGAUAGACUUAUCUCAUUCUUACGUAUCAGCGAACGGCCCUUAUUUCAGAGGAUUUUGGGCUUUUCUUUCAUGGUACUCGUUCUAUGGUCUCCUGUUGUGAUUCCCCUACUGCCAACACUUGUUCAAAGUUGGACAAUAAGCGCUUCAACCGGGAUUGUUGGAUACGCUUGCAUUGUUGGAUUGUAUGUAUCUAUAAUGAUACUUGUCAUGCUAUGGGGCAAAAGAAUACGUGGCUACGAGAAUCCAGUUGAGCAAUAUGGGAUGAAUAUUGGAUCUGCAUCUAGGGUGCGAGAAUUUUUUCAAGGUCUGGUUGGAGGUGUAACUGUUGUAGGGUUGGUGCACUCGAUAAGCAUUCUACUUGGGUUUACAACUUUUCAGACAGGGUUGUAUUCAUUCUUAGAUAGACCCUUUGAUCUUAUCAAGUCUUCUAGCAAUGUGUUCAUGCUUGCUCUUAGAGGGUUUGCCACAGCAACUAGCAUUGCUGUGGUUGAAGAAAUGGUUUUCAGAUCAUGGCUUCCAGAAGAAAUUGCUGUUGACCUCGGUUACUACAAUGCCAUUAUGAUAUCUGGAGUUGCUUUUUCUUUAAUUCAUCGGUCACUACCCUCGGUACCAGGUUUCUUGUUACUUUCUCUGGUGCUUUUUGGACUUAAGCAGAGAACACAAGGAAAGCUUGCUGCUCCCAUUGGCUUGCGUUCUGGAAUUAUGACUGCUAGUUAUCUAAUACAAAGUAGUGGUGUCAUCACAUCCAAACCUGAAACUCCCUUUUGGAUGAUUAGCACCUACCAUCUGCAUCCUUUUGAUGGUGUUAUCGGCUUAAGUAUCUGCUCUUUGCUUGCUAUCCUUUUAUUCCCUCAAAAGCCUGUUCAGAAGGAUACAUCUGUGUGAUGAGAACCAGGAGAGCAAAAUAUUUACUCUUGGCAUAUAGCAGUGAGGUGAGCUUCAACAAAGAUCGAUCACCUCUGUACAUAUUCGAUGGGAACAAUGAAGGGUUGCUCUUGUAUACAAUGUUAAACUGCAGCCUCCUUUUUCCGAUGAAUUGCGACUUGCGGGCUGCAGACAUACUUGGUUAGCUCCUUGUUUAGACUGAGAGGUCUGCUGAAUGCAAUGGCUUUGGGGCUAUAACUGGGUGUCCAGGGCGUUCAUGCUUGGCAAAUUUGUAUUAUACUCUUUCGUGCAUUAUAUGGAUAACCUCUAAAGGUGGAUGAUUUCUUCCGUACAUUAUAAGGUGGUACAGAACAAAAUAACCAAAGUUGUUGGGAAUGCUUAGGGGGAGAAACUGGCUGAUGUGAUAAUAUAAUAGUCGUGUUGGACUUUGAUCUAUGAUUCCUUCAUAGCGAUUACUUGACUUAUAGGUUUGGUCCAUUGACCACCACUUAUGUUUUGUUUAUGAAUCUUGACUCAAGCAGACCCAAGUUUUGAGGUAGCAAAUUUUGCCCAAUAGACUGUAUGUAGAAAAUAGCUCCAGGACCAGGACAAGAGUUAGCUGAUUAGGUUGUACCUUCCUCUCUCCGUUCUGUUCAGUGUAACUUUAUAGCUGUAAUGUUACUCCAACGUACAGUAGUUUUAAAAGGAAAAUGGCAUUAUACCUCUA